AUGAUAUUGUAUACGUCACUUACAUACGAAUUUACUAAGUCUGGCACAAGGUCACAAAUUCUUAUCCAUAUCACACUAUCAGAUUCUUUUGAUCUUGUUCUGUCAUCCAUUCAUUCUGUUGGAUUCUUUGUUCCUUAUCCAUCAUUCUGUCGGAUUCUUUGUUCCCAUCCCAUCAUUCUGUCGCAUUCUUUUGUUCCUAUCCGGUCAUUCUGUCGGAUCUUUUGUUCCCAUCCUAUCAUUCUGUCGGAUUCUUUUUCAUAUCAUAUCAUUCUGUCGGAUUCUUUUGUUUUCAUCCCAUUCUGUCGGAUCUUUUGUUUCUGUCGGAUUCUCUUUGUUCUUUCUAUCCGGCUAUCAUUCUGUCGGAUUCUUUGUUCUUAUCCUAUCAUUCUGUCGGAUCAUCCCAUCAUCUGUCGGAUUCUUUUGUUCCCUUAUCCGAUCAUUCUGCCGGAUUCUUUUGUUCCUUAUCCUAUCAUUCUGUCAUUCUUUUUGUCCUUAUCCAUCAUUCUGUCGGAUUCUUUUGUUCCUUAUCCGAUCAUUCUGUCGGAUUCUUUUGUCCCUUAUCCGAUCAUUCUGUCGGAUUCUUUUGUUCCUUAUCCGAUCAUUCUGUCGAUUCUUUUUGUUCUUAUCCUGUCAUUCUGUCGAUUCCAUUUCAUCCUAUCAUUCUGUCGGAUUCUUUUGUUCCUUAUCACAUCAUUCUGUCGGAUUCUUUUUUGUUCCUUAUCCGAUCAUCCGGAUUCUUUUGUUCCUUAUCAUUCUGUUGGAUUCUUUUGUUCUUAUCCUAUCAUUCUGUCGGAUUCUUUUUGUUCCAUAUCCCAUCAUUCUGUCGCAUUCUUUUGUUCCUUUGUUCAUCCUAUCAUUCUGUCGGAUUCUUUUUGUUCCUUAUAUCCUAUUCAUUCAUGUCGAUUUCUUUUGUUCCUUGUAUCCUAUCAUUCUGUCGGAUUCUUUUUUCUUCCUUAUCCGAUCAUUCUGUCGGAUUCUUUUUGUUCCUUAUCCUAUCAUUCUGUCGGAUUCUUUUGUUCCCGAUAUCCUAUCAUUCUGUCGGAUUCUUUGUUCCUUAUCCGAUCAUUCUGUCGGAUUCAUUCUGUCGGAUUCUUUUUGUUCCAUAUCAUCCUGUCGCAUCAUUCUGUCGGAUUCUUUUGUUUCCUUAUCCUAUCAUUUCUGUUGGAUUCUUUUGUUCCUUAUCCUAUCAUUCUGUAUCAUUUCUUUCGCAUUCUUUUUUGUUCCUUAUCCGAUCAUUCUGUCGGAUUCUUUUGUUCCUUAUCCUGUCGGAUCAUUCUUCUGUCGGAUUCUUUUGUUCCUUAUCCGAUCAUUCUGUCGGAUUCUUUUGUUCCUUAUCCUAUCAUUCUGUCGGAUUCUUUUUUCCUUAUCCCAUCAUUCUGUCGGAUUCUUUUUGUUCCUUAUCCUAUCAUUCUGUCGGAUUCUUUUGUUCCUUAUCCGAUCAUUCUGUCGGAUUUCUUUUGUUCCUUAUCCGAUCAUUCUUUGUCGGAUUUCUUUUGUUCUUUAUCCCUAUCAUUCUGUCGGAUUCUUUUGUUCCAUAUCCUAUCAUUCUGUCGCAUUCUUUUGUUCCUUAUCCUAUCAUUCUGUUGGAUUCUUUUGUUCCUAUCCUAUCAUUCUGUCGGAUUCUUUUUGUUCCUUAUCCCAUCAUUCUGUCGGAUUCUUUUCUUCAUCCGAUCAUUCUGUCGGAUUCUUUGUUCCUUAUCCUAUCAUUCUGUCGGAUUCUUUUGUUCCUUAUCCUAUCAUUCUGUCGGAUUCUUUUGUUCCAUUAUCCGAUCAUUCUGUCGGAUUCUUUUUGUUCCUUAUCCUAUCAUUCUGUCGGAUUCUUUUUGUUCCUUAUCCUAUCAUUCUGUUUGUUCCUUUUGUCCUAUCCUAUCAUUCUGUCGGAUUCUUUUGUUCCUUAUCCUAUCAUUCUGUCGGAUUCUUUUGUUCCUUAUCCAUCAUCAUUCUGUUGGAUUCUUUUCUUUUGUUCCUUAUCCUAUCAUUCUGUCGGAUUCUUUUGUUCCCGAUAUCCUAUUCAUUCUUCCUUAUCCGUUUCUGUCGGAUUCUUUUUGUUCCUUAUCCUAUCAUUCUGUCGGAUUCUUUUUGUUCCUUAUCCUAUCAUUCUGUUUGAUCUUUUUGUUUCAUCCUAUCAUUCUGUCGGAUUCUUUUGUUCCUUAUCCUAUCAUUCUGUCGGAUUCUUUUUGUUCCAUAUCCAUCAUUUUGUUCCUUGUUCCUUAUCCUAUCAUUCUGUCGGAUUCUUUUGUUCCUAUAUCCUCGCAUUCUUUUGUUCAUCCGAUCUUUUGUCGGAUUCUUUUGUUCCUUAUCCCAUUCAUUCUGUUCCAUAUCCCAUCAUUCUGUCGCAUUCUUUUGUUCCUUCCUAUCCCAUCAUUCUGUCGGAUUCUUUUUGUUCCUUAUCCUAUCAUUCUGUCGGAUUCUUUUGUUCCUUAUCCUAUCAUUCUGUCGGAUUCUUUUGAUUUAUCCGAUCAUUCUGUUGGAUUUUUUUUCAUAUCCUAUCAUUCUGUCGGAUUCUUUUGUUCCUUAUCCGAUCAUUCUGUCGAUUCUUUUGUUCCUUAUCCUAUCAUUCUGUCGGAUUCUUUUGUUCCUUAUCCUCAUCAUUCUGUUGGAUUCUUUUGUUCUUUUUGUCCAUAUCCUAUCAUUCUGUUGGAUUCUUUUUGUUCCUUAUCCGAUCAUUCUGUCGGAUUUCUUUUGUUCCUAUCCUAUUUCUGUCGGAUCCCUUAUCCGAUCAUUCUGUUGGAUUCUUUUGUUCCUUAUCCUAUCAUUCUGUCGGAUUCUUUUGUUCCUUAUCCUAUCAUUCUGUUGAUUCUUUGUUCCAUCCUAUCAUUCUGUUGGAUUUUUGUUCCUCAUCCUCAUCUGUCGGAUUCUUUGUUCCAUAUCCUAUCAUUCUGUUGGAUUCUUUUGUUCCUUAUCCGAUCAUCAUUCUGUCGGAUUCUUUUGUUCCUUCAUCCUAUCAUUCUGUCAUUCUGUCGAUUCUUUUUUUUUUCCUAUCCUAUCCUAUUCUCUUUUGUUCCUUUUCCUAUCAUUCUGUUGAUUAAUUUUGUUCCUUAUCCCAUCAUUCUGUCGCAUUUUUUGUUUUUGUCCUAUCAUUCUGUUGGAUUCUUUUUGUUCCUGAUCCUAUCAUUCUGUUGGAUUCUUUUUGUUCUUAUCCUAUCAUUCUGUUGGAUUCUUUUGUUCCUUAUCCCUCAUUCUGUCUCUUUUCUCUUUUGUUCCCCAUCAUAUCUAUUAUAUUAUUUUAUUCCAUAUCCGAUCAUUCUGUCGGAUUCUUUUGUUCCCUAUCCGAUCAUUCUGUCGGGAUUUUGUUCUUCCUAUUACUGUUGGAUUUUGUUCCAUAUCACAUCAUUCUGUCGGAUUUUUUUGUUCCUUUAUCCCAUCAUUCUGUCGGAUUUUUUUUUUUCCUCAUCCUUUCAUUCUGUCGGAUUCUUUUGUUCCAUAUCCCAUCAUUUGUCGGAAAUUUUGUUCCUUCCGAUUUUUUACACCAAUCCAUAUCACAUCAUUCUGUCGCAUUCUUUUAAUAAUAAUAAUAUCCGAUCAUUCCAAGUCGGAUUCUUUUGUUCCUUAUCCUAUCAUUCUGUAAGAUUGAGGUUUGUUCCAUAUCACAUCAUUCUGUCGGAUUCUUUUUUUAGUUCCUAUCCUAUCAUUCUGUCGGACGAUUUUGUUCCUUAUCCUAUGCCUGUUGCCAUGCCUUAUCCUCUAAUUAAUUUGUUCCAUAUCCUAUUGGGUCGGAUUCUUUUGUUUAUUCCCUAA